GCAAGGGCCAGGGGUACUGCUGAUGUUUAAAGCCAGUAGGCUGCUGUUUUGGUGGAGUUCCAAAAAUAAGGGGCCUCGUAGGGUUGAGACGAGACUUCUAGGGGGCACUUUGCUUGGCUCUGGGGGUGAAGGUAGUGGGGUCUGGACCUCACUGAACUGACCAACUUCGAGCUAUGGAGGAGGCUCGUGGGAGGGGGCAGGAAUGGGAGGGCUGUCUGGCCCCGCCCCUCCUCUCCUUUGUAGCCCGCCUAGCCCGCCCACCAGUCUGAGCUGCUGCUGCUGAGGCUGGUUGGCCUGAAGUUUUCCGGAGGGGAAAAGGCAGCUGGCAGAGUCUGGAGAAACAUGGGGUCCAGGGCUGAGCUGUGCACUGUCUUAGGUGGACUCUCAUUCCUCCUGCUACUGAUGACAGGCGAGGGGGCCAAGAGUGGAUCCCUUAAAGAGAGUCAGGGCGUCUGCUCCAAGCAGACGCUGGUGGUCCCACUCCGUUACAACGAGUCCUACAGCCAACCCGUAUAUAAGCCCUACUUGACCCUGUGCUCUGGAAGGCGUGUCUGCAGCACCUACAGGACCACGUACCACGUGGCCUGGCGGGAGGUGAGGAGGGAGGUGCAGCAGACCCACACCGUGUGUUGCCAGGGCUGGAAAAAGCGGCAUCCCGGGGCGCUCACCUGUGAUGAAGGUGAGGCUGGGUCUUCCCAGGCCUUGGGGGAGGUGCGCCCCGCCGGGCUGGAGAGCCAGGGCUUCCGCUCGGUUCUGAACCCCACUUCCUGCGCCCGCAGCCAUCUGCGCCAAGCCCUGCCAGAACGGAGGCGUCUGCGUUCGGCCAGACCAGUGCGAGUGCGCCCCGGGCUGGGGUGGGAGGCACUGUCACGUGGGACUGGCGUCACUCUCUGCUCUCACGGAUGCCUCAAUACGGCAGGCAGCUUCACCUGUGGCUGCCCCCAGGGCCUGGUGCUGGGCCCGGAUGGCCGCACUUGCGCAGAGGGGACCCCAGAGCCCCCAACCAGUGCCAGCAUCCUCAGCGUGGCUGUUCGGGAAGCUGGACAUGAUGAGCGUUCCCUGAGGCGGGAGAUUCGCCAGCUGCGAGGGCGCCUGGAGCGGCUGGAGCAGUGGGCCAGUCAGGCUGGGGCCUGGGUCCGAGCAGUGCUGCCCAUGCCCCCUGAAGAGCUGCAGCCCGAACAGGUGGCGGAGCUGUGGGGCCGGGGUGACAGGAUUGAGUCUCUCAGUGACCAGGUGCUGCUGCUGGAGGAGAAGCUAGGCGCCUGUGAGUCCCCAUGCCGCUCUCUGCGGGGACCCCCAUCUCCCAACAACUGCCCCCAGCUCUUCUAGACACCUUUUCCCAACUCAGUUUUCUCUUGUCCAAAAUCCAUUCUCCUACACUCACUCACCCCUUACCUUCCCCACAUUUCCGCACUUUACCACCCCUUCUUCUGGUACCCUGUCUCCAACUCAGUGGUUCCACUUAUUGUUGAAUGAGAUUGUCAGUCUCUUCAGUGUCCAGGGCCCACUCCAGGCAUCCAAGAAGUCCAUAGUCAAUGUGUCUGCCUGUCUCCUUGUCCUUAACCAGGCUCCUGUGAGGACAACAGCCUGGGCCCAGGCCUCAACCGGCGGAGAUAAGGAGCCUCUGCAGAGCCCCUGCCCCCUUAAUUUAUACAGAAACUGGACCCACUAAUCCUCUGGGAUCGGCCAGCUGGGGAGCUGCAGAUAAGGUUAGCUGCCACUAAGGAGCAAUGAACAAUGCAAACUUUGGAAAGCUGAAGAAAGGAGGAAGGUGGGUUGUCUUGGCCCGCCCGAGUCUUCCGGCUGGGGCAGAUGCCUGGAUGAGAACUGCUUUUUAACUCCUUAACAAACGCAGCCAGAAAGUGCCCAGAUCUCUCUCAAUCUUUAUUCUUGGUUUCUUGCUGUUAUCCAGAUAAUUAAUAAAAAUCAACCACGCAAAA